UGCCCAGCCCAGUCAUUUUGUGUAGAAGGCCCCGGACCUCUGAGUUUCUAGACCACAUCCUUUGUUGAUCAGAAGUAUCACAUCGAGUGAUCACAUUUCACACGAGUCACCUCCUUCUCUCAUUUUUAGAGGUGGCAUUUGAUGGUGCACACAAAGUUUAUAAUGGCCAAGAGGAAACAAAUGUCAAACUUUGAAUCCCAUUAGGGGACCUUUCAUCUUUUUUGAAGAAGAAGAAAAAAGAGGAAGAAGAAGAGAGAAGGAUUUUGGAUUUUAGAGAGACUGAGAUUGGAACAGUUCUGAUACAAAAUCGCCUGACCCUCUGGCAAAAUGAUUGGCGUCAUUCUUUUAUGGGUUCUCACAGGCAUGGCAGCAUCUUUCACCAACUCUAGAGCCAACAGCGAGGUAAUGGCUGUUGUCCACCAGACGGCUCUGCUGCCCCUUUCCUUUCAGCCACCGAGCUCCUUCUGGGCAUUCAUUCGCAUCAAAUGGGAACGGAUGGCCACCAAUGGGAGUGUCCCCAUCCUCGUCUACCUGAUAGACCGUUGCAAAUCAAGCGGAGUCACUCACCAGUGGUGGGAAAGAGAAUGCCUGAGGCACAAAGAAGUGGCCGGUGGAUAUCAGGAGCGAGCAGACAUCUUCAGGAAUGGCACACUGAUCAUUCAACAGGUGGAGCUAAAGGAUGCUGGGAUAUACCUGGCGACAGUACUGGCCACAGGUGUCGAACAUGAAACAACAGUAAAUCUUACGGUAACGGAAGCAUCUCUGGCCAGUUCCAAAGCCGACAGCCAGGUAAUGGCUGUUGUCCACCAGACGGCUCUGCUGCCCCUUUCCUUUCAGCCUCCAAGCUCUUCCUGGACGUUCAUUAGCAUCAAAUGGGAACGGAUGAUCGCCAGUGGGAGUGUCCCCAUCCUCGUCUACCUGAUAGACCGUUGCAAUACAAGCGGAGUCACUCACCAGUGGUGGGAAAGAGAAUGCCUGAGGCACAAAGAAGUGGCCGGUGGAUAUCAGAAGCGAGCAGACAUCUUCAGGAAUGGCACACUGAUAAUUCAACAGGUGGAGCUAAAGGAUGCUGGGAUAUACCUGGCGACAAUACUGGCCACAGGUGUCGAACAUGAAACAACAGUAAAUCUUACGGUAACAGGAGCGCAGUGCCCUUUUGUGAUUGAGCCAGAAGAAGAGCUGCUGAACAUGGCUGGCCAAGAAAGCCACAGGGCAAGACCAUCGAGAAGAUCAUUACCAGCUGCAGCAUCUCCUGAACAAGAAAAAGGUCCUUCAUCUUUGUUAUGCCUUGGAAUUGUCUUUGGGACAUUGAUAUCAGCAAGCAUAUCUCUCAAGUGCAUUUUGAUCUUUCUGAUACUCUCAGCACCCCAGGGCCCUGUUAAGGAAAACAAUAGGCAAGCUUUCCUGGAAAAAUGCAUUCCUUGCAGAUCAGCUAAGCAUUACGCAACAGCAAGCCUGAGUUUAGAUCCGAACACAGCGCAUCCUCAUCUCUAUGUGUCUGAGGAUCUGAAAAGCGUGAAAUGGGGAGCCACAGAACAAAAUGUGAUGAGCAGUUCUAUCAGAUACAAUAUUAUGGCCAGCGUGUUAAGCCAGGAGGCUUUUACUUCAGGGAGAAUUUGCUGGGAAGUAGAAGUGUUGGAACCAGGAGAAUGGUGGGCUGUGGGUAUUGUUAAAGAGUCUGCAAACAGACAAGGGACCAUUUUAUUUGCCCCUGAAGGGGGUUAUUGGGCUGUCCAGCGCAUUAAUGGAAAGUACGAAGCAAUCACUUAUCCUCAGAGGACAAACUUGUCUUUGCAUCAUGCUCCCACAAGGAUCUCAGUUUGUCUAGAUUUUCAAGGAGGACAGGUAGCCUUUUUUGAUGGAAAUACUGAUGAAGAAUUCUUCACUUUUCCAAAAAGUAAUUUUUUGGGAGAGAGGAUCCGUGCUUUCUUCUUGGUCUAUAAUUUGAGCGCUGAGCUCAUGAUCCAUUCUUAAGACAGAACAAGUUCCUCUAAGCUUCAUAGACUUACUCUCUGUCAUUAUCUAUGUCCUUGGCAUUAUUUCUUCAAGAGGUGGUGUUGCCUUAAAUUUUGGAGUGAUCGCAUUUGUUAUGACCAUUGUCCAGAGCCUGAGAAAGUCACUUUUUUGGACUAUAGCUCUACUAUGAUUAUUCCAGGUGGAAGAUUCUGCAAGUCAUAAUCCCCCCAAAAGUAACUUUUCCAAGGCCUGCGGUCUUUUACAGUUACAUGCUGUGACAAGAUUCCAAUGUACCUGGCUUUAUCUAUAUCAACAAAUUCUCUGUCAGUUCUUGCCUUUAAUAUGUUUGAAUAA